AUGUGCAAAUACAUCACACACCUCCGCGUCUGCAAUGUGUGCAGUCACCAAGAUACGGUCCUCAUAUCUGAGAGGCCCUGCUUCCUGGCCAAGAAGAACGGCGUCUUUGGAAGCUGUGAUGCCGGCAUAGGUAGCGACCGUAGCUGUACCCGAAAUCACUGCUGGAAGUGUAAAGAG